GACGCGCUUCACUUCCUCACCGCUGCAUCAUUGCUGUGUGUCGCCUCGGCUCGCCCUCCACGCCUCUUUGUUUUUGUCAAUGAGUUGAUGACCUGGCCGGACGCUCAGAGUUUCUGCAGACAGAACUUCAUGGACCUGGUGACGGUCAGCAGCAUGGAGGACGUGACGCUCCUGACCAGCAUGGUGGAUCUGGACGCCAUGGUCUACGACAGCUCAGAUUUCAAACAUCGAGCCUGGAUCGGUUUGUCUGAGGACCUGAACAGCUGGAGGUGGUCCAUUACUGACCCCAACUUCUACAGGGACAGAGAAGCUGCGUUCAGGAACUGGGCCGAAAAUGAGCCAAACAACUACCUGGGGGCAGAAAGCUGCGUCGGGAUGUGGAACAAUGGCUUCUGGAACGACAACCACUGCCAGAUGUUGGCCAAAGUGAUCUGCCACGAUGUACAAGGUGAGAGGAUCAGACCAAACCUCUGACACGACUCUUAAUGAACAUGACAGCACAGCUCAAAAAUUAAUUCAUCAGGAUGAA